UCGGUGUUUUUAAUCUUUCAGGGGGAGGAAGAACCCUCCCCUGCCAGCUCACUGGUAGGCUAUCCGGGAGCUUUAAUGCAGCUGCAUCUCUUCAUUCAGAUGCUGAGAGGAGCAGCGGAUCGCCACCGGAGGAGGAGACCUUUUUUCUUGCAGAGAAAACCCACAGGCAGUCCAUUUUAAUCGCAUUUCACCCCCUUCUAUUCUCACUUUGAUGCAUACUGAGGGAUUCUCCAGCUACCUGUAAACGUUAAUGUGAGGAAGUGCUGCCCUGGAUGCAGACUGAGAGGAUUGCGGCAAUCCAAGGCACCCCGAAUGAUCGGAUCACAGCAGCAGGAGCACCAGCACCACCAGCAGCAGCACCAGCCUCUCAUUGUAUGAAAUGCGUCACCGCGAUCCACUUUACACAUUUCAGCUCUCCACACACGGACUGUUUUAUGUGCUGACUUCUUUAUCAGGUAACCACAUGCGCGGGCCGGUGUCACCGCGCUGAGCCCAGAGAGCACGAAGGGUAUCAGGGGUCAGUGAGAGACAAGAGUGCUCGGGGGCGGGGGAAACAAGGAGGACCAGAUGACGUCCAGAACCGCCGAGGCCCCGGGGCUGCUGGCGCCUCCGCAACGCUGCCACGAAGGGCUCCAGGCCAGCAACGGCACCUGCGCGGAGCAGCUCAGCCUCUUCCCGCCGCUCUCUUCCACCCUCGCGCUCCUCGUGCUGGUGGCCGUGCUCGUGGGGAUCAUCCUCGUUUCCCUAGCAACGUUCCACUUCCACAAGAGGAAGCUCCGGAGCAGGAAGAUCCAGCGCGCACAGGAUGAAUACGAGCGCGACAGUCGUAGCCCCGCGCGCGCUGGCCCCAGCGGCGGAGAACCCGCGAGGCCGUGCGUCAUCGUGCGACCGGUGAGGCGUGAUGAGAAGCCGUCGAGCCGGAGCGCUGACAGCGAGGACAAACAGACAGUUCCUCUUGACUGUUAACUCCGAGUAACUUCAGGGAAUGAGACUGUGGAACUAACUGGAAAAGCAAUAAGGCACAAAGAACCCUCCAACCUCCCCAUCCCCGCUGCUUUUAGAUGACUUAGAUACAUUAGGGGUAAAUAGCAGAAUACUGAGCAGACUAAAUAGAUCUAGAUAUAAAACUGCGGUGACACAGGUUGGCUGUGCAGCAGCACAAUUUAAUUUCAGGAUUUCACUAGUAAAAGGCCACGCCACAAAAAGCAGAUGGGGGUAUGGGUAAAUCUGAAGGCUUGUCAUGAGUCUCAAGAUUAUUGAGUAACAAUAAAACUAAGAAGACGUGGGUUCUUGAUGGAUUU